AUGUUGGAUUGGUUCUUAUUAGUUGUGGUUCUCUCACUGAUGGGUUUGCUGGAAUACCGUCGACAAAGUUACUUUAAACAUACUGUAUCUCUAUCUACUCGGGAGAUGCGAAGACGAUCGAAAUGGGCAAAUAAACGGUAUUACGGAUUCCACUGUGACUCGAAGAAACAAUCGAAUCACUUCAAUUAUCGAUUGCAAUUUUUCUGCAAUAGAUCACGAGAACAAAUCGAUACUCCUCUAUCGGCAAACAUAAUUUCAUUGACAAAUCAUGGAUUUGAAUUUGAUGAAACAAGACGUGGAUGGAGGCAUAUUAUUGUUUCUGAUUCUAACAUUCAUGACUUUAGUGACGCAUACAUUUCAAUCGAAAAAGUGACUGAAAGAGUGAAUGGAGCAUACUUCAAUUGGAAUGGUGUCGCAUAUCCAGCUGGUUGUGCAUUAUGUUUAAUGGAUCUUGGAGAAGGAAACGAAUUGACAGAUAAUGAUCGAGACGUUUUCCUUGAGUUCGCGAGAGAUGAACAGUUUUCGAAUCUUCUCAAGAAGAUGGAAAGAAGACUGAAACCACUUCAACUUCAGGAGUCUGAUUUAAUGAUUUUGUAUGCAACUCGUUCUCAAAUUCUCGAUGAUUUCGUUAUCUUUGCUGAAAAUUUGAAGAAUGGAAGUAUCGAAACGUUCAUUUAUAACAAGGAACGUUACGGUCUUCAACGAGUUCGAACAGAUUUGGAAUAUGACGAAUCGAAGAAUUUGGAAGACGGAAAACGAGUUCUUCUUUUCAUGACUUAUGAUGAAACACGUGGUUUUGUUCAAGCACUUACUGUAUAUCGAACAGAAAACGGAUCAAUUGAGAAGAAGAUUCUGAAUGUGGAAGAGAAAAGAUUCGAAAUUAUUCCAGAAGAACCGAUUUUAUGUGAUGAAGAAAUAGAGAUAUUCCAAGAAGAAACUGAAAAUGGAUUCGAAGUCAUAACAAAUUGA